UGGAUAUAUAUUAUUUUUAUCAUCAUCAUCUCUCCACAAUCCCUUUCUUGGUUUUGAAUUUUCUCUGUAAUUCUUUUCUCCAUGUUUUUCAGAAAACCUUCAGUACCAACUCCAUGGAAAGAUCAAAACAAAGGAAAUAAUUUCUCCAAAACCAAAGAAACUCAUUAUUAUUAUCACAAACUUACCUUCAGAUACAUUCUUCUCUUAAUAUUCCUUUCUUCCUGCUUUCUUUUUCUUGUUGCUUCCUUUUGCUUUUCCUCUACUAAUCACACUCACCUGCGUUUCCCCGUUAUUUCUACAACCGCCGCCGGUAAUUGCCCAGGAAACCUCUCACUCUUUGUGUAUCAGCUGCCGCAAGAAUUCAACCUGGGUCUCCUCCGUGAUUGCACCCACCUCAACGUUUACACCGACAUGUGUCCCCAUGUCGCCAACCAUGGCCUUGGCCAACCGCUCGCCACUUCUGGCUCCUGGUUCUCUACCCACCAGUUUCUUGCCGAGAUGAUCUUCCACGCCCGACUCGAGAACCACCCGUGUCGCACCUGGGAUCCCAACGUUGCUAAUCUCUUCUACGUCCCCUUUUAUGGUGGUCUUCACGCUUCCAGCAAGUUCCGCGAAGCCAAUCAAACUGCACGCGAUGAAUUAGCCGUUAGAUUAGUGGAAUUCCUCCAAAUGCAGCCCUGGUGGCGGAGGCAUGACGGGAAGGACCAUUUUUUAGCCCUGGGGAGAACCGCAUGGGAUUUCAUGAGGAACGCUAAUGGUGGGCCGGACUUCGGAGCCAACUGCCUCCUAGAUUUGCCACCUGUCAAAAACAUGUCGGUGCUGACCGUAGAGAGACAACCAUGGCAAGGACAGAAUCAAUACGGCGUGCCGUAUCCGUCCUACUUCCACCCAUCGAGUGUCGUUCAGAUGCAUGCGUGGCAGCAGAAGAUGAUUCGAGCAGAGAGAAACCACCUAUUUUCUUUCAUCGGAGGGCCCCGGAAGGGGGUGGAUAAAGCCGCCGUGCGAGACGAGUUAAUCAAGCAAUGCAAUGAAUCAACUCAGUGCAAGCUCCUGAAAUGCGGAAGGAAUAGCGACAGUAAAUGCUACGAACCACUAGAAGUGCUUAAAGUGUUAAGUCAGUCUCAUUUUUGCUUGCAAGCGGCAGGAGACUCAUUCACGAGGCGAUCGACGUUCGACUCUGUGCUGGCCGGUUGCAUACCGGUGUUCUUCUCCCGACACACGGCUUACACCCAGUACGGCUGGUAUUUUCCGGCGAACGAGAGUGAGUAUUCGGUUUAUAUAGAUGAGAGCGAGAUUGAGAAGAAAAGUAUAGAGGAAGAGCUUUCGAAGAUUUCGAGCGAUAGAGCGGAGAGAAUGCGCAGAAAAAUAAUAGAAAUCAUGCCAACAAUAACUUAUGCCCACCCAAAUUCUAGCCGUGUUGGAUUCGAAGACGCGGUUGAUGUUGCACUUGCAGCGCUGCUUAAGCUUAAGCACAAGUAACACGGCCGUGUGUAUAGUUUAUACAUACAUGUUAUUAGUUUAAUAUUUUGUUUAUUAGCUUAGUAUAUAAAGGUUAUGGAUAUGACCUAUGUGGCUGUGAAUUUUGAUUUAAUAAAAUUUGAAUUAUUUUCAGAUUAUGGUAUAAUGAAAAUUAAAGAUGAAAAAAGCAAACGUGACUGGAAAAAAAAAAAGUAGGUUACGGGGAAAAAGAAAGGGACAAAGUGAUAGAAAACAGUGGGCCCGAAGCUGAGGUCCUAUAGAGACAAAGUUAUUAAAGAAAAGUCCAAUCUGAUAACAGAAGAAGGAAAAAGAAAACAAAUUGAAGAGAAAGAGUAUUAAAAAUUUUUCUAACCAAACUCCAAAACAGUCAAAACUUGGCACAUACA